GUGGGUAAUAACUGAUGUAAGCAAUCCCCAGCAAUCAAAACGUGUAUCGGAUCCCUGUCACAAGACGCAACUUAACGCACGAAUGGAAGUGUUAGACAACCUCAGUUUAUGUGAACAGUUUAGUGACCAUAGUAGUCCACCUUUCUCAGUGGGUAAGCUCCUCGAGGUAGACGUCGAUAGCAUAAGUCCAAGUACGUUUGAUAUGAGUGGGUCUUCCUGUGGUUCUGGUGAACAACCUGACGGGCUGGACGAUCCCCGCCCAGAAAAUCCCCAGACGGGUGAUGAUGACAAAGAAAAACCUAAGGACCUGUCCAUAGGAAACGAAUCUUGUCCAGGGAGUGCGACAAGUGGACAAAAACGAAACUUGGCCUCUGAAAACGUCACUGCCAACAACGACACCAACGCUGAUCUUGAGGGAAGUAGCAGAUGGAACUAUUAUCAAAAUUUCUUGGACCUUGCCCAGCCUCUUGGUCCAAUGCCACCGCAAGCGCACAGCGGUGGCGGCGGAGAUGUAGGAAAAUAUUCUCAGCAAUCGAACGUAACGUCAAAUAACGCGCCAUCCAGCACUAAUCCCACAGGCCCCAGAACUGUCUUGCCCUUGACAACACACGAACAUUCACACCCUGUGUGCCACACCAACCUUUAUGCUGAUUUCAACCUGUACCAGCCCCACCAGACGGCAAAUCCGUUCCCCAACUAUGGAAACUCUGCAAACGAUUACCAAUUGCCAAAAGCGGGGUACCAUGGCAGCUUCGCGUAUCUGCCACAACAGCUCCAGGGUGCCCCGCCCAUGGGACACUCGUACUCCGCCGGUCCUUGGGUGAGGCCGUAUUAUACCCUUCCAGUGCGAAAGCGCCCGUACAAAGGUCCGAACGAUAAUGAAAGUCCCGGAGAGCCAGAUAGUAGCACGGGUGCCGCGCCAACCCCAGAACCAAGGGGAGACGGUAGUGGCGAAUCUCCUCAUGGGCCCUCAGUGUCUAACGUGGGUCCAGUUGCCAGUCUGGGUAGUGCCAUGACCCAACGAACAGGGCCCUAUACCAGAGGACGAAGAGUCUGUUUUUCUACAUCCCAAAUACAAGAACUCGAAAAGAGUUUCCUUAAAAGCCAGUACUGCAAUACAGAUGAACGCAAAUUGCUGGCAGAAAAGCUGGAACUUAACGAGACCCAGAUCAAAAACUGGUUUCAGAAUCGCCGCAGCAAAGAGAAACGCCGACAGAAGAAAGAAGUGAUAUUGAGUGCCCUAACUCGCCCCAACAUCACGCUAGAUAGCUGUGGACCAGAAUUGCCUGACGUUCGCAUACCAUCCCAAGAUAAAACGCAUACCCCUCCUCCUACUCCACCAACGCCACCGCCGUCAUCAGUGCCUACGGCUGAACCUUAUCCCACCGUCAUGCCACCGUGGUCGUACCACCAGUAUCCGCAGUCUGUCAUGCCCGGGUGUGGUAUGGUUACUCAGCCUUCGCCUGCCGCUUGGAACCCACAACCAGUAGGGAUGUUCGGACCAGGGGGAUUUCACAACCCGUACGCUGUGUGCUACCCGGGGUAUCCAUACCUACAGGUCGAUCAUUACAGAUCACAGAUGGCCUCUGACCAAGAGCCGAAAGUGAAAGAUGAUUCCACAGAGCGGGCUGAUGUGAAGAAGGAAACUGCCUAAGACAUUUGUUAAAAAUAGGUAAUCUACUCAAGUAUCAAAGAAGAAAACGGUGCUAGCUGUUACCUGUAUACCUAAACUCUAAAUAACUUCUGCACAAGUCCGGUUAAGAUGGUAGGCCAACUCUGCGUCAAAAGCAUCAAAAAAGCGGAUUUUGAAUUGUAAUGAUAUGUUUGAGUAUUGUUUCUAUCUCUGUUUUUAAGUAGUAUUAACGAUUAGUAGGCCUACUGUACAUACAUUUGUCAAGUUGAAUUUCGUCGUAUUGGAGAAGCGAUUGCGCAUUUCACAUGUAUGCAUUUUGAAUAGAACAUUAGGCAGUGCAUUUUAAUCUGUAGUGUUUGUUUUACAAAAUUAGCUUAGAAUUAGAUCUUACAAGAUUUGAGAGCGGAUAUUCAUAUUGUAUUUUGCCAAAUUAUAUUAUAGGCCCUAUGCAAAUUAGAAAGCUAAGACCUUAGUAAAGCAAUGGUAAAACGAUCUAAAAAGUGUUUGUUUUUAUUUUGUGCACGUUCUGUCGACACAAACUGUCCUGUAAAUGUAUGGUAUGUUGAAAAAAGUAAAUAAAGACUUGUGAUCUGA